AUGAAAAAAUAUGCUAUGGAAAGAUUUGGUUUAGAAGUGGAUGAACUCGAACAUAUUUCUCCAACUUCGUUUGAAGGAUCAAAAAUUUCUGAUCCCUUAAUUAAGAUUGGUGACAGAACUGAUGAAAAACAGGAAAUUGGCGUGGCUGCUGAAUUUAUUUACAAGUAUGCCACUAAUAGGACCGAUUAUUUGAAUCAUGACAUUCUUAAUCUUGGAUUUGUUUGGGGACGAUGGCAACCCAUGACUAUUCCAGAAGAAUUGCUCUAUGUUCAAUUCUUUGACUUGUUUGCUCCCAGCGAAGUGGUUCAUAAAAUUGUCGAAGAGUGGAAAUGGAAGGUUAGAUAUUUUGAUUCAGGAGAACCCAAAGGUUUUGCUGUUGUGCAUUAUCAAUAUGAAUUCUUCCCUGGAUUCUACCCUGGAUGUGAAAGAUCAGAAUUCAAACCAAAUGAAUUUUUACAAGUUCUAGUCAAUGAAUUGAAAGUCAAAAGAGACUCCAGUGUCUUACUUAUUGGUACAGGAUUUGAACAAUUUAGUCCUCAGAACGAUUUGAAAAGUGUUGAAUUAGCUCAAAACGGUAUUGCUCUUCAUUUACAAUCUGAGCUAUUGUCACAGUCCAAGAAUCAUCAAUUACACAGCGCAGCCCUUUCCUUUUGGUUGGCGUUGGAUGCAGAUUUAUUCGUGGGAACCUCGUGUGAAAGUCAAUUUGUUUCACAUAUUUUACGAUUGAGAACCAUCAUGAAAAAACCAACCUGUGCUCGUUAUGAUGUUAGAAAAACCAUCUAUCCAUGGCGUUACCCAGAAAAUUACUUGAAUGCUACCUAUGUAGAUGCUACAUUUUCUGAAGUGCCCUAUUUCUUCCCCAUCCACAACCAAGGAAAGGUUUUCUUCAUGGAAAAGUGUUCCCAUUUCAUCAAGUAA